CUCCUGCUGCCCAGUGCUCAUGCUCCAGCAGCAGCAGCGGAGUCAAUCCAGUCAACAGAAACUGCCAGCAUGGCAGCAAAACACGUUUACCGACAGGGCUUUUUAUUACUUUUAUUUAACUUUAUGUCAGCCGCAGCCCUGGAGAGAAGGUUCUCCGACAUUAAGAGAUGCGCCGAUAAGGAGUGCAGCAUGCUGCUGUGUCGGGGGAAAGCUGUGAAUGAUUUCUCAGGACCUGAUUGUCGGUUCUUGUCUUUCAAGAAAUCUGAAACCAUCUAUGUAUAUUACAAGCUGUCAGGAAGAAGGCCUGACAUAUGGGCCGGAAGUGUUGGAAGCCACUUUGGCUAUUUCCCAAAAGACCUUCUGGCAGUUAACCACAUUUAUACUGAUAACGAAUAUGAAGUUCCAGCUGAGGAAACAGAUUUUGUCUGUUUUGACACUGGAUUUGACAAGUUUGAUAAUUAUGAUGUAGAUUUGCUCCUUGGCUUGUCAGCAGAGGAGAAUGAUAGCGAAAACAACAAAACAUCUUACCAAGUCCAAGCAGCAGAAGCAAUAGAAACAGGAGAAGAAGUAGCUCAGAGUGAAAAACAAACUGAGCAUCAUGAUAACUUGGAGGAGCUUCCUAAAGCCCCUCAUGAUCAAAGUGCCUCUUCAGCCGUUCUUGAUCAGUCAGCUGAAACACCUUUACAAAACACAAUGGAGUCCAAUGCAGAAGUUGCACGUGAUGCUACAGAAGCUGAAGAGGUUAAGGAAAAACAUGUACCAGAGUCUGUCCCUGAAAACUUGUCAGAAAAGAGUGAAACCAAAGAUACACCCGCAAAAUCGGAAGUGGAGUCUGUGCCCAAAGAUGAUUUUGUUUCAGAAAGCGAACCAGUCUCAUCUUCUGAAGGAGUUCAAAUCCCUGAGUUGAAAACUACCAUUGGUUCAACUUUUGAUGCCAUCGUCACCGAUGAAGAAAUCACAGAGAAAAUUACCACUUAUGAAGAAGAGGAGGAGAGUGUAGACGUGGAAAACCAUCCAGAAAGUGGCACUAAUGUUAAAGAAGAAACUCCACUGUUCUCUUUUUCAGAAGACUCCAUCAACACUCAACCAUCUGUGGAAAUCCCCAAGUUAAAAACGACCCUUGGGACAACUUUGGAUGCUGUGAUCACAGAUGAAGACACCACCAAGAAAGUUACCCCGUAUACAGAGGAGGACAGUGAAGAUGUGGAAGAUCAUCCCGAAAAUAAUAGUGAUACUAAAGAGGAAACUCCACUGCUGUGUUUUUCAGAAGAAUCCGUCAACACUCCAGCAUCUGACUCUAUUAAAAAGCCUGAAACUCCACUGGCGACACCUGAGGAUAAACCAAAGACAGCAGAGGAGAAGAACGUGUGGACAUCACUCGGAGAUGCUGUGUUUUCAGCUGUCACUGGAGUAGACAUAACCACACAAGAAGUGAAUUCAGAAGAAGAGGAAGAUGAUGAUGAGCGAGUGCCAAUCUCUAAGUUAAAAACUACCUUUGGGACAACUUUUGAUGCUGUUGUAACAGAUGAAGAAAGCACCAAGAAAGUUACACCAAAUCCAGAAGACAACAGUGAGGAUGUGGAAGAUCAGCCCAAAAAUGAUAGUGUUACUGAAGAGGAAACCCCACUGCUGUCUUUUUCAGGAGAAUCCUCUAACACUCCAACACCGGAGUCUCCUAGAAAUCCUGAAAGUCUGCCAUUGACACCUGAGGAUAGACCAAAGACAGCAGAGGAGAAGAAUAUGUGGACAUCACUCGGAGACGCUGUGUUUUCAGCUGUCACUGGAGUAGACAUGUCAGCAAAAAAAGUGAAUGAAGAGGAAGAUGAGGACGAGGAAGACGAGGAGGAAGAGGAUGUAAAAACCCGUGAUGAAUCACUCUCGGUAAAAUCCCCAAAGGACCCAGAGAACAUGGAGCCAGUUCUUCAAGAUUCUUUGAAUUCUACAUCUGAUAAUUCUGAUGUGAAUGAAGGCACCAGUGACUCAGAGAAAGUUUUGUCUGAUAAGAAUGAAAAUGAUGUAGAAGUUACUGGACAUAAGGAAACUCAGGAUGAAACCAAAAAAUCAGCAGAGGAUCAAAUAGAGCAUCUAACAGAGGGGAUGAGAAUAUCCACGGAGCCACUGCCACAAGAUAAUAAUUUAGACAACCAUGAGGCUGAAGUAACAUAUAUAAAAACCACACAUGAAGCCACUGAAGACAAAGACGAGCAGGAGGUGCCCAAGGAUUCAGAGAUUACUGAAGACAAAGAUGAGCAGGAGGUGCACAAAGAUCCAGAUGUCACUGAGGAUAAGGCAGCAAUACCAGACAGUAUUACUGCUGCAGAGCAGAAAUUAGACAGUGCAGUGGAUGAAAAAGAAAACAUGACCGAAAGUGAAAAACACCUCGACUUGUCCGCUAAUGAGAGGUCCAGUGACUCAGACCUCAGAGAUGAUGAUAACAUAGUAAAUGACAGCCUGCCUAAUCAGAUACCUGAUGAUUCAAUGACAGAUUUAGGAAGUAAUAACAGUCGAGCAGAAUCACCUGUUGAUGAGCCAGAGAUUCAGGAUGCACUACAUACAAGGGAGAUGAUGGAAGAAGAUGAGACUCCAGAUGCGGAGGAGGGGAACGAUGAAGAGAGAGAAGAAUUACUUGAAGAUGAAAACGCGCUUUUGUUCUCGCAGUCAGACAAAACCUUGCCUGAAACAAGUCCACCUACCGUGUCACCUCCAGAGCCAGAAUACAGCGAAAGCGUAAUGAGAUUGACUCUGCUGUGGGAUCACUUCACAGAGGAGAAGAUGGAGCAGGUCCAAAAGCUUCUGGGUCUAAAAAAUCUCUUCAAACUGGAGGCCAUGUUCAUGGAUCUGGACAUAGAGUUUCAGGCUACCCGUCAGUCACAGACGGGUACUACAGAGGACAUUGAAAAUGCGCUCGAAGGCAUCUUGGAAGCCUCUGAGAACACUAUCUUGGACGAGAUUGAGAAGAUGCUUGAUAGCCGGCACACUAAACACGACUAUGAUCACCAUAUGGACACAAGUAAUUUGGAUGAAGAAACAGAAAUACUGGACGACUUUCAGGAGCUGGCUUUCAGCCUGCGGCAAAAAUAUUCAACAGCCAGUGACAGCACGCCUUUAGCACUAGAACUGUCAUCAGACACUGAGAAAGAUGAACAGGAAUUGAAUGUUAAAGAAGAUGUGCUACACAUUGCUGAGGAAGAAUUGGACAAAAUACCAAAGGCCGAGAGCGAUGACAACCUGACAAUAACGGAUCCUGAAGAAAAGCCAGCUGAGGUUGAAGAGGAACAGCUGGUUAGACCGGACGUUAGUGUAGAGGAAGAUGGUGGACACUUUAAUAAAAACAAAGACAAUCCGCUGAGCUUCAGCACAUCUGAUGAGAUGCAAAAGGUGCCUCAAGCCACCCUGGAAAAUGCCUUCGACAUGAGCCUUGGUGUUGAGGUUGAACACUCACCCUCAGGGUCUAUGGACUCCAUGGAACCAGUGUCCGAAGUGCACGAAGAAGAAGUGGGGUUAUUCUCAACAGGGCUUGUUUACACGGGCUGCAUCCUUGCAAUGAUCACGAAUAAAACUGCAGAGUGGACCACUGUGAUGAUUUCAUUGCUGCCAGAAGAGUGGAAGCCAGGAGAAACUUUGUUUGGCUGUCCUUGGCAAGCUGUUGUCAUCACUGCUUUGGUUGGAGUAUUGACCUUCACCCUCUUCUUCUGGAGGACUGUGCUGGCAAUAAAGAAGAAAGAGUACCUCGUGGAUGAAAAAAGACUCAGAGAGCAAAUCCAGGUGCACAAAAAGGAAAAGGAUGAAGCUCUUGCCAAAAUGGCUCAACUCCAGAAACAGACUGAACAACUGAAAGAAAAUCAAAAACAGUCAAAGGAAACUGUUAGUUGUACAGUGAAAAAGAUGCAAGAGCUAGAGAGUAAAGUCUUACAGGCUGAAACAUUGAAUAAACAGAUGGCCGAGGAAAAGGAUAAAUACGGACAGCUACUGCAGGAAGAGCGGGCAAACACUCUCCAAAAUGAAACAAGAAUUGAGAAAUUGGAGAAGUUAAACGAGAAGCUACAAGCUAACAGGAAAAAGAUUCAGGAAGCGCUCUCUAAGACUACUGUUCUCCUGGAUGAAGCCAAGAUUCGGGAAGAUGCCCGAAACGUUCAACAAAAAUGUCUUGAAAAAGAGUUUGCUGCGUUAAAGGACGAGAACAAAACACUGAAGGUCACCAUUAAAAGCUGGGAGGAAAAACACACAGAGCUUAAUGAGAAGAUUAAAGUCUAUCAGAAGUCCCAGAAAGAACUGGAGGACUCUGUGGUGCUCAAAGAUCACAAUGUGGAGGUGCUGUCUGAACUUCUGUCUGACCUGGAAGCUUGUGAUUUACAAAAAGGUGACACCAAAGUUUUGGCCAAUGGUGAAGUAGCACCUGUGUCUCUUACAGACAAGAAGACGGCCGUAAAGAACAGAAUCAAACAGAUGAUGGAUGUUUCUAGGGUUCAGACCACUCUUGCUGUAGUUGAAGAAGAGCGGGAUCGCUUCAUGACAAAACUACUGAAUGAAGAGAAGUCCAGGAAGGCAAUGGAAGAGCAACACCAGGAGCUUGAACAUGCAAUCUCAACCCUGAAAAGUGAGAAGAGCCACAUUGAAAACCAGUUCAAGAUCCUCCAGCAGAAAAACGAAAUCAUGGUCGAAAUGUAUCAGCAGAAGGAAAAUGCCCUGCAGCAGAAAUUAACGAAGGAGGAGCUGGAGCGGCGCAGCAAAGAGAAUCUGCUGUCGGAGGUUGGAGGGAAAGCUGUUGAAGCUGAGGAGCAGGUUAAAAUUUUAAGGCAGCGCAUUAAUGAGAUGGAGGACCAGAUGAAGAAGACUGAGGAAGUCUACAAAGAGCAGAUCAAAGAGCAGGAGAACAAAACUCACUCAAACUGGGUGAACGCUCGUAAUGCAGAGCGAGCUCUAAACCAAGAGAAGCUCGAAUCAUCAAAGCUUCGUGAAAAAUUGGCUGUACUCACCUCUCAGCUCAAUGAGCGCCGCGCUCCUCUCUUCAGACCAAACUCUGGUCAGCCUGCAGGCCCUCGCCAAGGUGACUCAUACGGGCCCUCUCCUGUGAGUGGGGGUGCACCAUCCCCACCUAUAAUGAUUGAGGGUCCCAGGCGUCCUCCUUCUGCCCCAGUUGCACGGAGAAUUGACCCGUUUGGUCCUCGCCCUCCAUCAGAUCCCCAUGGUCGUUACCCUGAAAAACACAUCUCUGGGAUGGACAUGAUGGGCCCACGUAGCUCAUCUCCAGCCAACUUGGAUGCAUCUACGCAAGCAGUAGAUCCACAGAUAAAAACAGAGACUAAGGCUGAGGUCACCACAGAGAAUCCAGAGGCAGGUCCAGGAUCCUUCAUAGCAUCACCAAUCAGGGACUCACCUGGACCCAUGGUCCACGGACCUCCACCUGGUCCUGCACCCUAUGAUCCAAUGCUCCCUCCUGGCCGUCUGCCACCACCCAUAGCUUACAGACCAGCGCGACCUGGCCCAUAUCACCUCCCACCUGGCCCUCCUCUUCUUCAAGGUCCUCCCCUACCAGCUAAUGGACACCCAGGUAUGCCCCUGCCUGGACCAAUGGGAGGAGAGUUUGGACCCCCCAAUGGACUUGCAAUUCCCCCCAGGCAAGGCCCUGGCCCAGGCAUUGAUCCCCGGGGUCCGCUCCCACCGCAAUUCCGUCCCCCUCCACCUCAUCACUUUGGACCGAUGCCUCCUCCACAUGGUGUCCGUGGGCCCAUGGGACCUCGUCCACCCUUCCCUCCUGACAUGCGCUUCCCAUUACCACGUGACCACCCUGGCCAACCUGUGGACCUGCCUCUAGGUGCCCCGCCUCAUCCAGCACAUCCUGGUGAUGCUUAUGGCCCGCCUGCACCCAAUGCCCUCCAGAACUCUGUAGCCGCUCACAGCGUCCCCAGACAAGACCUGCACAUGAAGCAGGAGGCCCCUCAGGACUCAGCCAGGCCAGAAAUGGUCAAGCCUUAAAUAUGCCACCAGCUAUGGCAGAGGACUCAAACACCCCCGUUAACUAAACCUGUCACAAUAACAACCCAGAUCCAGUACAAACAAAGAUCAUGAUUAUUUUCAUAGUCCAGAUGCAAAUGUUCUUACAGCGAGGCCCGCAGAUUAAAGAAUGAUCAGUUAUGUCUGAAAUGUGAGCUGAAAGGGUUGCCACUUUUCUAAACAGCCUGUGCAAUAACACUUCGUUUUAUGCCAGAUUUUCAUUUGUGUUGAUCUUUAAGAAAAUUAUAUAGCUAUGAUUUUUAAAGGGGCAGUUUUUUUAAAAAAAAAAGUCAUUUCCUGUGGAAAUUGUUUUUUAAAAUGGAGAAACAGGAGGGAGGUUUAGCUUCUAGCAUUUCAGGAAUACCAUGAUUUUUCCCAAAGCUCUUGCUUUACGUACAAAUUUCAAAGCAAAUGUGUAAUUUGACGGCCAGAUGUAUAACUUAUUUUACUAUGUUGGUAGAACUUUUAUUAAUAAAGAAUAUAAAAGCUGUGUGUGGUACGUUAAUACUGAGGAUGUUUUUUGUAGGGUGUGCAAUGAAGAAUAUAUGUGAAGAAAUAAGGCGUACAUCUGUGCUGUUAUACAAACAUGUUGGUCCGAAAGCUGCAGUUUCGUAUUUGCUGUCUACUGCUCAGUGAUUGUGCUGUUGGUGGGACAAGGACAAAAAAGCUGCUGGGUUAAUCUGAUUUGCUGAGCUGGGAAGUCGUUCCACCAACAUGUUAAUGUGCUUUUAAGUCAGAAUGUGAAAACGUACAGAGACAAUGUGUUUGCAUUUUUAUUGCUCAGAGUGAUGAUGACAGUUUUUGUUAUUUAAUUACCUGGGGUUUCUUUUUCUGGUUUACAGCUAAAAUGUAACUUUUGUAGCUAAUCCAGGUCCCUCUAUGUGGAGGGAAAGUGUUAGAACAGAAUGCCAUAAUUCAAAUUAAAAAUGAG